AUUUUAGUAUAAAGGAUAAAUUUUUAAAGGAACUUCCCUUUUUAAAACCAUGAGGAUGUAAGUUGCAAGCAUCCUUAUAAAAUAUAGAUCUAAGGUUCUAGAAGCCAUGGUUUCUGAUGGCAUGAUGGCUAACACAUUUUCAUGUGGUCCCUGCACAAUGCAGUGCAUCACAUUUGUAUGUGGGAACCAUGGGUGACGAGGAAUGGAAUGAAGUGUACUCGAUCUUGGCUAUCCCACAAUGCCGUUUUUCUGUCUAUGAGGUGUUUAUGGUCCUUUAUAGUUGCUAUCAAGUAUUGAAUCUAUUAUAGUCUUUAAGAAAUGUUCUAUUUAUAAUGUCUUUUACUCACAUUGAAUUUUGAAUUUAUAGUCUUUAUAAAGUAUUCGUUUUUUAAUAUCUCAUAAUGUAGCAAGCAGAUUUAUUUAUUCUACAGAAUGUCCUUUCUCGUGGAUCAAAAGGCCCGGGUAUUCUUCCUGCUAUAAGUUUGGUUUCGCGUUGAUCAACAAACAAGAAGCUCUAGAGUACUGUAAUUCCUACCACUCUGUGUUGGCUGUUGUCGAUGAUGAAGAAGAACAAAGAUUUUUGCAAGACGUUAUGACAAGUGUAGAGUCAUUCACACCGACGUCGUACCGGUCACUAGGAAUGAAAUCUACAAGUAAAUACUCUACAACUUAUAUCCGUACGUCCACGGGAAGGCAGCCGGGCAAUGUGACAUUUGAAAACUACAAUGGAAUCUACAACCAAAACGCCAACAUUAAAUCUACUGGAAAUAUACAAUUGCUGAAAAGCCUACAUAGAAAGAUCAUUUGUGAAAAGACUCCGGAGUACGUGGGUUGUUUCCUGAGUGAUUCUAGUCUCCCGGUGACUUGGACGUCAGAUGAGAUGACAGUAGAAUUGUGUGUAGAAAUCUGCCGUCCCUUGAAUACGACUUACGCCUUCCUGUCGCCAUCAGACUGUCGAUGUAACGAUACACUUCCUUUAAAUAGGACGGAGGACUGUACAUCAACAUGUGCUAAUUCAGAGAAUCAGAUCUGUGGAAAUACACGAUCUAGUGUCUCUGUCUUCAGAAUAGAUGAAUACCCCCUGUAUGGAUCUUGUGAUGAGCUGUUUGAUUCUGGAAUAAGGAGGCAUGGCAGUUACAUAUUAAUGAAUGCCACACAAACCUGUCAGUUCUAUGAUAGUUCUGCUGUAUGUAAGGAAGGAUGGUAUGCAAUGGAUGGCACCUGUUACACAGUACUCCUGACCCCCACCACUGGUUAUGAGUACCAAAGUGUUGAUGACUGGAGGUCUGCAUGUGGCCAGAUAGGAGGAAGAUUGGUGACCAUCAACAACCCAAAACAACAGCAGUUCAUUGCAAAAAUCAUCAUGGGUUCAGAGCGUUUAGUUAAGCCAACAGUAUUGGUAGGAUAUUCCGAAUCGAUCUUGUUUGGAGCAUCAACCUGGGCAUCCGGUUCUCUGUCGGAAUACUUGAAGGACCCAAGUGUACCCGAAAAUUCCUAUCAGCAACGAGUGCUGUUUGAAGAUCAGCAGUACCUUAAUACUAUCAUUAGCACCUCCUCUGACACCUUUCUAGCCGGGGCGGCUGUGUGUGAAACUGAAAAAGAUUUCAUCGGUGUGUUCAAACCUCCGACACACCUUGGGCCCUCAAUUCUUCGGUAUGGUAUCAUGACCUUAACACAAUGUAAGCAAGUCUGUAUAGGAGGGAAUCAUACUUAUGCGAUACUUGGUAACGACACCUGCUGGUGUGGCAAUCAGACGGAUGUAGACCUGUUGGUUCCUGAUGUUUCUGGUACCAUCGAUAGGGUCAUUAACUCCAGUCAGAUAUAUUGCCCAGGAAACCAGCUCCAACGCUGUCCCGCCAAUAGGGAUAAUGUGGAUGUUUAUAGUAUAGAAUUCGAUUUGGAAUUCCCUGCUGCAUCCUGUGAUCAUCUGUAUUCUCAUGGAGUGUUCUUUAACGCAACUUACAAAAUUCAAAAUGAAAACGAGACUUCUUAUCAAACUUGCGGGUUUACUGACAACACAGACUGCGGGUCUGUCCCUCUCUUUGUGGGAUAUAGAGGACGUUGUUAUAAAUUUGGAACUGUGAUGACGUAUGGAGCCAGCUGCUUCUCUACCGACAGCUUCCCAAUUCUCCCAUCAGAGGAUGAUGAACUCAUUACUACGCUGAAACAAAUAGUUCCAGUUUUUAAAACAAACAUGCGUCUUACUAUCGGAACAUCCAAUAGAUUGCAAAACGGUUAUUUUACGACAAGUGAAGGUUUUUUCCUAAAUUCACAUCCUGCUGUGACGUCAAAUUGUUUAGCAACAUUUGUGACGCUCAAUCUGAGCUCAAUGGUUUGGGAGGAGGCGUCGGGCAUGCAGUACGAAAUAUGUAAAGCCCCGCAGAAUAGUAGCAUUAUAUGUAUUGAUACAAGCAGUUUAAACGGAACGGUAGUAUUUGAACAAAGAGAUAUAUAUCCAAUGACGUCAUCGAUUUGUAUUCACGUUUGCCUUGGUCGAGAUUCUAACCAUGCUGUCGUGCAUGAAAAAGGCUGCCAGUGUUUCAAUAGCACGAGUUAUGAGCAGACAUUUGGUGAAUGCGAGGUGUGUUCUGGACAUGAAACACAAAUGUGCGGCGACGAAUCAAGAGGACGCGGAGUUCUAAUUGAUUUAGACUUCUACAGAAAUGAAACGGCUCAGUCUUGUGAAGAACUCCAGUCUUACGGAAUCCAAGUGCCUGGCCAAUACUAUAUAAACCCAAACAACACCCGAUACCUUGUUACGUGUUUUGACCAAGAUCCAUCCCUCUCUGUUGUUACGGAGUAUUCAGCAACACCAUCUUCUUUGUAUUCUGGCCUUAUAAAUCAAGGUUUCCGGAUCAACGUAUACUCUAACUACUGCGUGGACCACAGCUGGGCGCCUGACGACUCUGACCUUGACCCAUAUCUUGAUUUCAAAUUCAAAGAAGACUAUAUCAUAACUGCCAUUGAGACACAAGGCGAUGUAUUGCGGGAGUCAUGGGUGAAAUCUUACAGUCUGAUGUAUAAGAACAUGGAAAAUGCAGACGCUUUCAUUACCAUCGCAGGUGUUACUGAAAUAGCUGGAAAUGUGGACAGCCAUAGUCGGGUUACACAGUUCUUUCCCCUGCCAGUCAUUACACGUCAGCUGAGACUAUUUCCACAGUCAUUUCAUCAGGAUGGAUCUCUCCGAGUGGCCUUCCAUGGACAACCUUUAUCAAACUUUAACCAUUCCAUCAGAUACCUAGGCUGUAUUUUGGAUAUAGAUGGGGAAUUCGUAGUGAAGUCUCUAAUAGAUUCGGGCGGAACGUGUAGAUCUACAUGCAUGGCAUCAUACCAUCAAUUCUAUUCCUACUACGAAAAUCAAAAUUCUACCAAACACUGUUUGUGCGGAAAAUCACUGUCUGUGUACGGGAGGACACAAGAAAGUUGGUGUUUUCCGUAUCCAUACACUCCUGCAUUGCCUGUUUAUAGAACCUACGAUACAUACUGUGAAGCAAGGAGUGAGAAUAACGCCAACCUUGUUUCCUCCGAGCUACCCCAUUCCCACAACUUCUAUUCCGUCUCCUCUAAGUUAGACUAUGAAUGCGAUGAGGGAUAUAUCCUGGCCAACAACGCCACAUCAAAAUCUGUAAUAUGCAGAGAAUCCAAUGGCAGUUAUUACUGGCAGGAUGAUGCUGGAAUCUGUUUGGUAAAGAACUGCAGUUCUCUGAACCAAUCAAAUGCCUGGUACAACUUAAGCACGAGCAGCGUGGCUGUCGGGACAAGCGUUACAGUGACGUGUACAAAUGAUAAGUAUAUGGCGGACGGCUCUAAUACUAAGACGCUCACCUGUUUGAGCACUGCCUUGUGGAACGAUACAGUAACCCCGUGCAAUUACAACUACUGUCCAUUGUCGCCCUCCACCUUAACUAAUGGAAAGUACGUCGUGAGCCAGGAUGAGUUGUCUGCUACCUAUAGUUGUAAUCAGUUCUACCAAUUGUCUUCGAAGUCGAACCAAGAGAUAAUCACCUGUCAACAGAAUCACCUGUGGGAAAACAUCAAUUUUACCUGUGCCAUUAAUGAUACGAAUGUAGCCUUCAGACAAGCAGAGUUUGACCUUGUCGGAUUGUUUGAUCGACAACGAAAUGCGGGAUCAGUCAUUAGUGACAGUGUUUCGUCAUCACUAUUCAAGUGCACGGACAAGUGCCUAAAGAAUGCGUGUUGCACAGCAUACUCCUACAGAGUGAAUGGAAGUGUUUGCAUACUGUUUAACAGCCGUGCACAAGCUGUAGAACUCGUUCAUGAUGUAUCAUGGAAGUAUUUUGAACUGAACACUCUCUUUAUGGAAUAAAGUUUCAGACAUUGGGACUCUUUCAUCGGGUUUUCAAUUUAUGAAAAGUAAUGAUAUAUAUUAUAUGAUUGAAAUCCACUCUCAUAUUCAUCCUCAUCGAUAUGUUUAGGAUACUUAUUUCUACUUACUUGUCCAUAGCUUGUAUGUUUAGG